GGGUACUAUUGUUAUUCCACCAACAAACUGGUUGAAGUAAAUGAGCCAGAGAGGCCCAUUUUGAUCUGAAAGCCAUACCCGUGACCCAGCCCACCCUAUAUGAACCCGACCCGAUAAUCUCUCUUUCAUCUCAAUUUUGAAAAAAUUAUCUCGGCGACAGUAUCCAUGGCUCCUCGCAGUCUGUGUGAAUCGAGGAGCUUAGUUUAUAGAAGAUUGUAGGCAUUGAUUCUCCCCUUUCUGAGAAUCUCUCGCAAAAUCUCUUUACAGAUACUCAAAAUAUGGAAUUUGCAGAGGCUUACAAGCAGACGGGACCUUGCUGUUUCUCCCCAAACUCUCGUUACGUCGCCGUCGCCAAUGAUUAUAGUCUCGUGAUCCGAGAUACUUUUUCGUUCCAGGAAAAAAAAAAGUAAGCACAGAACCGCCGGUUGAAAAGAUGCCGCAAAAUAAGAGCGGGGCGGGCUUGGGCUUUCGGCUUUUAUGUCCGCAACCCGCACACUACGGACAAGCCCACUUGAAUUGAAGAAGCCUCUCUCUCUCUCUCAUCCGUAGACACAUUCAAACCCUAACUUAGCGAGAAAGUCUCCAGUUCUCUCCGUCGAAUCGAACUUUGGGCAUGGAAGAUUUCUCCGACAAUGAAACGUUCGUCUUCUGGAACUCGGAGGACUACCCACUCCCUUCUAGUGCCGACGAUCUUUGUUCUAUGCGUCCUAAAAUCGAAGAAGCUCUUUCUAGAAUGGGCUUUCGUGGGUGCGUGACUAUCGGGGCGUAUGGUGACCAUCUAAAGCACGGCGAAGAUGAGUUGGAGAAGGCCGAAAUCACUUACUACUUAUCAGAAACUACAGGGGGUUACAAGUCGGCUCUUGUCAAGAUGUCGCCUGAUUUCCAAAUUCCUCUGGACAUGAUUACUUGGGCACAAGCGUGUCACGAAGCAAAUAUAGUGGUGAUCGCAAAACAAAGCCCAGAAAGUGAGUGGCACAGGGUUCUUCAGUGUUUGAAAUCCAGAAACCACACCGUACUACAGCCGCCUGAUGUCACCGCACAUCAUUCUCUAGAAUCACUACUUGAAUGUACACGAGUUUUAUGUAAAGGAAAGCCUACAUGUAACGAGGAGGAUGAUAGCCCCCAAAUCUUGGAAGAUGUCUCCAAGAUCCAAGAUUUCUCCGAGCGUACCACUCCCGUCAAAGGAGAUCAUAAGGCAGCCGUCUUCUGGGACGUCGUGGAUUGCCCAUUCCCUCCUCUUUGUUCCGAUCCUGAUGAGAUCUAUGACAAAAUCAAGAGAGUUCUUAAUGAAACGGGCGAUGAUAUAGGUGAGGUAUCAAUCUGGGUUUAUGUUGAUGAGAAGAACGGGUCUUGGAGUGGCGACUAUCUGUGUAAGAAGACGUGGGAUAAAAGAAUCUACUUUCUUCCCGGAGGACCCUCGAGACCCCAAAGAAUGUUAACUGACCUUCUUUUAUGGACAAGGGACUCUUUUGAAGACCCCAAAGGGCAGCCUGUUACACCAAAACUGAUCGUAGUCUCAGGUCAAUUCACAGAUGACACCUACUUCUUCAGCAGGCUUGAAUUUUUCUGUGACUGGCAUUACUGGGUUCUCUUAGCCACUCCUACUCGGGACGACAUCAAAGAUCCAUGUAGAUCUGAAUGGCCAAAAUUGAUAUUCGAUGAAGCAUACGUAUUUGAGCCUCCUGUCCACAGACAGCAUAAAGAGGAUACACAAGUCUUCUGGAACUUGGACGACUACCCAAUCCCUGACGGUGCCGAUGUUUGUUAUUUUCGUCGUAAUAUCGAACAAGCGCUUCCGACAUUGGGCUUUGCUGGGUACACGAACUUCGAGGCGUAUGGUGACCGUAUGAACCACGGCAGAGCUCUGAUGCGGGAGGCCGAAAUCAAGUACCACAUACCGGAACGCUGUGACAAAACGGCUGUUUUCAAAAUGCCUGUGGAUAUGAUUAUUUGCGCAGCCAAGAGGGGACCAUCAAAUUUUUUAAUAAUCGCAAAACAAAGCCCAGAGAGUGAGUGGCGCAGGGUUAUUCAGUGUUUGCUAUCGAGAAAUCACACUGCUAUCGUAGUGGAUGACACCGCACAAGAAAGGCUAUUUGGUUCUUUGGGAUCAGUACUUGAAUGUACACGAGUUUUAAGUAGAGCGAAUCCUACAAGCAACAACCCCCAAAUCUUGGAUUUCACCGAGCGUAUCACUCCCGUCGAAGGGGAUAAUACAGUCGUCUUCUGGGACGUCGUGGAUUGCCCAUUCCCUCCUGAUUGUUCCCACCCUGAUGUGAUCUAUAGCAAAAUCCAGAAAGCUCUCCAUGAAAGGGGCUCUGUAGGUGAGAUAUCAAUAUGGGUUUAUGUUGAUGAGAAGAAUGGGUCUUGGAGUGGUGAGUAUCUGCGUAACAAGACAUGGGAUUCCAGAAUCUACUUUCUUCCCGGAGGGGCCUCGAGACCUCAAAGAAUGUUAGAUGACAUGUUUUUGUGGGAAAUGGACUGUCUUGUGGACCAUCCCGAUCCAGCAAAUAUGAUCGUAGUCUCAGAUGAAGCCAGAAAGGGCACGGAUUUCUUCAGUAGACUUGGAUAUUUGAAGUCGAGUUCAAGUGUUUGCUUAGUAACUCCGACUCAGCACGUCAACACACCAGAAAGCCCCGAGUGGCCAGGAUCGCUAUUAGCCCUUUUUCGUUCCGAAAGCAAACGCUCAGAACCUCACACAGAGCAUGAGGUCGAAGAAAAGAUCCAAGUCUUCUGGAACUCGGAUGAGUACCCACCCCCUGAAGGACGCAAUGUUUUUGAGAUGGGUUCGGUUAUCGGUGAACAUCUUGAAGAAAUGGGCUUUCGUGGGCUGCCGGAAAUCUGGGCGUAUGGUGACCGUCUCAACCUCAGCGCAGAGGACUUGCGGGAGGGCGGAAUCGAGUACCACUUACCCGCAAGUUCAGGGGGUGACAAUUCGGCUAGUUUCAGAAUGCCUCUGGAUAUGAUUUUUUGCGCAGCCACGAGGGGACCAUCAAAAAUUUUGGUAAUCGCAAAACAAAGCCCAGAAGGGGAGUUGCAGAGGGUUCAGCAGUGUUUGAAAUCGAGAAAUUUCACCCUUCUCGUAGUUGUAGAUGACAUCGCACAAAAACGUCCAUUUUGGCAUGAAGAAUCACUAGCAGUUUUAGGUGGAGAAACCCCUGGACAAGUUUUAUGUAUAGGAAUGCCUAUAAGCAAAAGUCUAGACAGUUUUUAUUCUGACGCUAGCUCCCAAUUCGAUAUCUCGAAGAUGGAAGAUUUCUCCGAGCGUAUCACACCCGUCAAAGGAGAUCACAAGACAGCCGUGUUCUGGAACUUGAAGGAUUACACGCUCCCUUAUUGUUCCAAUCCUGAUGUGAUCCAUAGCAGAAUCGAAAACGCUCUUCGUGUUUCGGAUAUUGGAGGUGAUAUGUCAAUCUGGGCCUAUGUUGAUGAGAAUAACGAGUCUUGGGGGCGUGAGCAUCUGUGUAAGAAGACGUGGGGAACAAGAAUCUACUUUCUUCCCGGAGGGGCCUCGAGACAUGAUAGAAUGUUAAAUGACAUUCUUUUAUGGGUAAUGGACUCUCCUCGGGACCAUGCUCAUCCAACAGAUGUGAUCGUAGUCUUAAAUCAAGUCGAAGAAGAUGCGACGUUAUUCUUCCGGAUGCUUGGAUAUUUAGAAUCGAGACGUUGCCGUGUUUCUUUAGCAGCUCCGACUCAGGACUUCUACACACAAGGAAAUCCUGAACGGCUAUUCGAUGUAACAAACCUUUGUGGUUCUGAUAGCGAAAGCUCAGAACCUAAUCCCAAAAGAGCAAAACAUGAGGCGGCCGAUGAAAGGCGUCAUCAGGGCUGAUGCUGAUUAUGUGGACUAAGCUAGCUUUUGUUCGUAGCCGUGCGUGUGCCCGUUUUGCUUGCGGGUAUGCGUCACAAGAUCUCUACUUAUAUCAAAAACUACUUCCUUAUUUAAACAGAAAACUGUAAUGUUAAUUUUAUUACUUACCUUAUAUUAAUGGGUUUGACUUUCUCGAACAAAACAAGUGUCAAUUUCUACUAAUCUGUUACGUG